AUGAAGAGAGGAUAUCCUUAUUCACAUGGUAAUCUUAAUUUUGGAUACGAGUAUAAAUAUAGACCUAAGAGUGCAAAAGGAGGUACUGGUGAACGCGGUGAAAUUGGACCACAAGGACCUACAGGACCACAAGGACCAAAAGGUGAUUUGGGACAAAAAGGUGAUCCGGGACCUACAGGAUCACAAGGAUCACAAGGACCUACAGGACCACAAGGACCAAAAGGUAAUCCGGGACAAAAAGGCGAUCCGGGACCUACAGGAUCACAAGGACCAAAAGGUGAUACGGGACAAAAAGGCGAUCCGGGACUUCCAGGAUCACAAGGACCGCAAGGACCGCAAGGACUGCAAGGAAUUCCAGGUACAGCAGCACAAAAAGGUGACAAAGGUGACAAAGGCGAUCGAGGACCUCCUGGACCUCAGGGAUCCCAGGGACCGCAAGGACGUCCAGGUCUACAAGGGAACCGAGGUCUACCAGGACCAAUUGGACCUCAAGGACAAGACGGUGUAAAAGGGGAUUCAGGUUCACGCGGUGUACAGGGGGAUCCGGGUGUUAAAGGGGAUCGAGGAAUACGAGGACCGCAAGGUGAUAAAGGCGAUACAGGCGAUAAAGGUGAUACAGGAUCUCAAGGACCUAAAGGGGAAAGAGGUUAUAAAGGGGAAAGAGGCAUUCCGGGGGAUAAAGGUGAUAAAGGCGCUACAGGCAGCAUUGGGCCCCAAGGAAUACCUGGACCUAUAGGACCGCGAGGACCUACGGGACCGCAAGGACCUACGGGACCGCAAGGACCUACGGGACCGCAAGGACCUACGGGACCGCAAGGACAGCCAGGCACUGCUGUGGCAAAAGGUGAUAAAGGAGAUAAAGGCGAUAAAGGCGAUAAAGGCUAUAAAGGGGAUAAAGGAAAUGAAGGAAAUGUAGGGGUGCGGGGUCCUCCAGGACAACCUGGACCUACGGGUCCUACGGGUCCUAAAGGGGACAUAGGAAAUCUAAGCUCAGUUGAAAAACGUGAAUUCAUAAUGGUGGAUAAAGAUUUUGAAAAAGUGAGUUAUGAAGAUAGUAAAGGAACAAAUACCUAG